AUGUUGGAAUCAAGAAAGAGGCCCUUGCCAGACGAUGGAGAGGUUGCUCAGGCAAAAAAGCGGGUGUUAACGAGCACGAGUGGGAGCCCGGAGGUCAACGGCUUGAGUGCUAAUUACGACGCAGAAGAACCUGCAGACAACCACCAGCUAGAGCUAUUUCGAAAGGAGGCCAUCUUCAGGCGCAUGAAGCAUUACUCGAGAGAGAACGAGCGGAAUCAGGCGCGCAUAGCUCAACUUGAGCAGAGAAGAAGCUCGUGCGAGGCAGGUCUAGUAGCUAUUGCCGCAUGCUGGAAGCAGUUGGUAGACACUGUUCAAACCCUGACGCCACCAGAGGAACUCCCAGCCGUCGAAGUCGAUGCGAAAGAUAUUUUUGACUUGUCGCAGCACAUUUCAACUGACUCGAACCUCAAAGCUGCACUGGAGAAGAACAUGCUUGCAACCGAAGAACUAAUUACAAGUUUUAUGAAGCUAAAUCCGGUCACCUUCAAUGAUCAGGCAUAUCAACGCAGUCAGACAUCACAGACCGAGUGUAUUGCCCUUCGCUCUGAGAUAGCACUGCUGCAGCAGAGGCUUGACGAGGUCCAGUCAGAGAAGGAACAACUACACGACGACCUUAUUGCUGCGGAGAUCAAGUUAGACCGUAUGCAAAGUGGCACCGUUGCAGCCAUGCAGACAAAGGGUGGGGCAAAGGAUGAGGCAAGCCAGGACCAACCAUGCCCAGCGGAAGGAAGCACCCCAAAUCAUGGGUCAUCAACUUCACCACCGCCUCAAAUAAAUGGUCAUAAUGAUUCAUCCCUGUCAGAUAUCGAAGCUUGUCGAUUGGAGCUCAAAAUUUCCUCUGAACGUGCAAGUAAACUAGAGGCAGAAAUUAGGACCCAGGCGGAGACCAUAGCGAAGCUCGAGGUUGAGGACAAUACUUACAUUAAAACAUCAAAGCGCGCCGCUCCAACAGUUGAAAUGGUCUCUGGGACUGUGCAUUACAAGAUAUUAUCUGAGCGUAGGGAUCAACUGGAGCAUACGAAAGCUGAGAACGACAGCAGAAUAGGACGGUUGGACGUCACGAUACGAGACCUGCAAUCAAGUCGGACACAAUUUGAGGAGGAGACUCGGGCUUCUGCGCAACAAGUGAACCAAGAACUCAAAGUUGUACUUGCUAAGCGGGAUGCAGAUCUCACUCGCCUUCGCGACCAACGUGAGCUGCUGCAUGCCGAAUUAAAUGAACUUAGAAGUCGUGAAAAUAUAAAAUAUCAGUCAUCUCGGGAGCUCAAGGCCCUCGCCGAAUCACGAGCGGAAAGGAUAACGCAACUUGAGUCGGAGGUUAGGAGACAUAAGGCGAAAUUAGCUGCGCAUGCCGGCAAUGAAGAUCUCAUGAAGCAUUUUUGGGAGGGAAAAGUUGAUGAUCUUCAAUACGUAGAUGGUCUUCGGAGGAAACUGCUUGAAACCGAAUCAAAGCUCACCGCACUUCAGCAGUCCAUGUCCACCAUACGAGAAGAGCAACCCGAUAUUGCACGACAUAUUGCGUCAGAAGCAGCUACCCGAGAAGAGCUCGCUGCCGUCACAACAGAAUUAUCACGGUAUCGAUCUCUCCUUGGAGAACCCUCUUCGGACCUCGCUAGGCAAUUGCAAGCGAAGGAAGAUGAGCUCCAGAAAAUGCGACUUCUUGCAGAGCAACAUCAGCAGGCGGAGGACGCAAUUUAUGCAGAGGUGGAAAGGCUUUCGGGAGCAUGGGAGGCUUUGGAUGGGCAAUUAAAGAAUAAGGUGGUGAGCUUGACCGCGGCGGAGGAAAAGAUCGCUAAGAGCGCACACGAGAAAGCGAAGGCGGAUAACAAGUACUUUGCGGCCAUGCGCGACAGGGAGUCCGUCGAGAUUGAGCGGAAAAACGCCAUUCGGAACCUCGAGAAACAAGCCAAGGUUGUCGAACGAUUGGCUGACAGCGAGAAAAACCUACAACAACAAAUAGGUCAUCUCGAUGCAGCCAACCAGCGUCUGCAUCGAGUGAUGGAUGAAGCAGAAACAAGAUUCAAUGUUCUUGAAACCGAUGCCCUAAUGUAUAAGAAGCAGGCCGAAUGUACCGAAGAGAUGAUGAAGAAUGUUCGAAAGGUCGCCGACGAAAAAUACGCCCACAUCCACCACCUCAAGGGCUGUCUAUUCAAGAGAGACGACGACUUAGCUCGUACGAAAGCCGAGGUUAAUAAACUCCGUGUUGAGAUGAAGAAGUUGAAAUCUGCUUCAGCAAGUGAAAAGGAAGCAGACCUUAUGGAAGAGGCUGCGUCUGUCUGGCGUUUGGAAGUGAUUAUUGAAUGGGUUCACAGAGACUCAUUAAAUGUUCGACAUGCAAAGAAAACAUGCGCGGAGUCGCUCUCACCAAGUGCUCGCACACGUUUUGCAAACAAUGCGUCGAGGCGAGGAUCUCGACACGUCAGCGGCGGUGUCCACAUUGCAAUUCAGGCUUUGCACAAAGCGAGGUAG